GAGCACCGUGUCAGCACUACUUGUUGUCCGAGACUACGACUACGACUACGCUCAUCUUUGCUUAACUGCACAACUGCAUAUGUACAAAGGAUAGCACCCUGGACCCUGGCUACAACGCGGGAGCACCUAAGGCAAGACAAAGCAGUACAGGGGCCUAAACGUGCCGGGUCGGUCUGUCGACUUCUCCAACGUCAUAGCCGCUCGCUCUACAUGCAAUUUUCUUGGCUCUAUCAUCAAAACUUCUCUGCCCAUCCCGCUGCCUGAGCCUUGACUGGUGUUGCGGAGGUGGUCGUUCUCGAUAUCGUCGAGACUCUGCGACGCUCAUACCACCACCGCAGUCAUGCUGUACACACGUCUCCUUCCAUAUGCCAGCCUCUUUGCCGUCGCCGCAAAUGCCCAGGCAACUUCAGAUUUGAUUCUGGGGGGAGGCUCGACUUCGACUACAUCAAGUUCAGCCUCAACUUCGGGUUCGAGUUCGGGGUCAAGUUCAGGCAGUAGCUCAACGGUCCCGACCAGUGGGCUUUCUGAGCCAGCAACUCCUACAGGAAGCUAUAUAUCCUACUCCUCGACCAUCACCAUUGAGUUCACGACUUCGUCCUCUGCAAUCACAACGUCCGCGAUCCUUUCUACAAUCACCAGCGGGUCAACAACAGAGACUACAACUCUGGGGUCAACAACGAUUUUUGGCUAUAGCACUGAGGAGACAACCAGCAAUGUAACCUCCUCGACAACAGCUCCAACAACCUCACAAUUGCUUCUCUCGGGUUCAUUCUCCGCAACUUCCACCGUGACCCUGAAUUCCACUUCCUCUACCUCUACCCAACCUGCUCCGUCGGCGACUUGCAAUAACUACCCUCAAUUCUGCACGCGGAAAUACGGCAACAUUACCGAGGUUUCUGCACACAACUCCCCCUUCAUUAAAUCUGGCAAUGCAGCUGCCAAUCAAGAUCUCAGCGUUACGGCGCAACUCAACGACGGAAUUCGUCUUUUGCAGGGGCAGGUACACUUCAAUGGCAGUGUCCCACACUUCUGCCACACAUCUUGCGAUGUGCUCGAUGCCGGCCCUAUCACUGAGUAUCUAGGGUUGGUAUAUAACUGGGUUUCAAGUCAUCCCUUUGACGUUGUCACAAUUUUGAUUGGAAAUGGGGACUAUAAGCCCGUUGAACAAUUUGUACCUUUCCUCCAGCAGACCGGGCUGGUAAAGUUUGCGUACACACCUCCCAAGAUCCCCAUGGGAAUCGAUGACUGGCCAACUCUCUCCCAAUUCAUCCUGACUGGCAAGCGAGUCCUCUUUUUUAUGGACUACCAAGCAAACCAAACUUCGGUGCCGUGGAUAAUGGACGAAUUCUCUCAGAUGUGGGAGACGCCCUUUGAUCCCACGGACCGCUCAUUCCCCUGCACUGUCCAACGUCCACCAAACCUCUCCCCGCAAGAUGCGAAAAAUCGCAUGUACCUCAUGAACCACAACCUUAACUAUGAUAUCAACAUCUUGGGAAACAGCCUUUUAGUGCCGAAUUUCCCAUUAUUGAACAUCACCAAUAAUAUUACUGGUUAUGGAUCUCUGGGCAGCUCAACUCAGAAUUGCGAGAAUAUGUGGGGGUUCCCCCCCAAGUUCCUCAACGUAGAUUACUACAACGUUGGAAACGGCUCCGUCUUCGAGGUAGCAGCGAUGUACAACAACGUCACGUAUAACCGGACCUGCUGCGGUCUCCCGACUAGCGGUUCCAUGAAGUUGGAAACUGCAGGGCGGAGCGCGACGUUUGGUCUUGUACUGGUGGUGCUCAGUUGGAUGUUUCUAUAAUGAGCAUUAACUGAUAACGAUGUUGAAACCAGACAUGAUUUGAUCCCUUGU